AGUGCGCCUUCUCCAAAGCCCACGGCACCAUUCAAUCACCAAAUCCACCACCAAUUUACCUAUUUAUUUAUUAUUCGUCACCUGCGUGGUCGAUCAAGGACAAUGGUGGGGGAUUAACCCUGUACUUGUCGAUAUGAAUAAUAAACAAACCUACUGCUCCAUAAAUCCACCUGUUACUGUCGAAUAACAGCGAGUGUUCGAUCCCGCGUGCUCUCGACAACAACUCAUUCCCAUCACCAAAUAAAUUCAUCAAAGUCCUCUUUUUAUUCAAUUCUAUUCACCACUCAGCUAUUUUACGUCAUAAUUGUGCAUUGGAGGCGUCAGUUGCGUUGGAUUAAUGUCUUCCCGACAGUGGGAAGACUUGUGAUUCCUCGAGUGAAAGGAAUUAUUUAACAGUGUUAUUUUGAAUUUCGAUACGAUACGAUCCUGUUGGUUUAUCAACACAUUCAACAUCUUCAUGGUGAAUGAUUUUUAUUUUACUCGCGUGGGUUUUAAUUAAUCAAUUGUUCAAUCUAGAAAUUUGAAAAUUCUCUGUUUGUUCAGUGAGUGGAACAGUCUUGAGUGACGGAUUUGGUAUUUUUAUUCUAUUUUCUUUCUGGAUUAUUCCGGCGGAUGAUUUUUCUAUUUUAGUGGUGAUUCAAGUGGUACAGUGUUAUCUCCGUGGAAUGAACACAGUGUGGUAAUCACAUGUAAAGAACGGGAAUUUUUUUGAGAGAGGUGUAUGGGUUGGGUACUGUGGAAUAUUUAACGGUUGUCGUUGGAGGUAAUUCGAGGGCAAUGUCGAUGUAUCGAUUUAGCAAAAGUGGUCGGUUGUUCGUGCAGGGCACGCGGGAGGAGGACGACCGCGACAACGUCGCCGGGUCGAGUCCUGCCGGCACCGAUCUCCAGGCAAUCUACACCAAGCGACGACUUUCCACUGAAGUUUUAG